AUGUUUGAGGUUUGCGAAAUGCAAGAUGGUACCAUUUACACUGUUAACCUUGCGCAACGACACUGCGACUGUGGCCAUUUCCAGGUCGAGCGACUUCCAUGUCGUCACGUGUUUGCAUGUUGCGCCAACCAACGUCUUGAUUGGCAAGUGUACGUGCACGAUGUGUACACGAUUUCUGAAAUUUGCAAGCUGUAUAGAGGCGAGUUCGUUCUGAUGGGUGACCCCUCCACGUGGGAUAGAUACGAAGGAGCGAAGGUGAUCGCCAACUGGACAUUGAGGCGCGCGACGAAAAGAAGACCGAAGUCAACCCGCUACUUGAAUGAGAUGGAUUCGCGUGAUAUGCGUGGUCCUCGUCGGUGCACUACAUGUGGACGCGAGGGACAUAGCCGCAGUCGAUGUCCUCAGCGCGCAGGUCCAAGCUCCGCUGGAGGUCAUUAG